AUGGUAGAUGAUGGUUUUGAUUAUUCAACUAAUAAAGUAUUCCGCUGUGUUUUAAACAUCUCAGGUACUAGUCAAGGGAAACAAAAAUUUAUUCCAUGGAAUGAUGAAGUGUUUGAAACCUCGGUCCAUAUUUAUCAAACCUCGCUCGCCUAUAGAAAUAGGGAGUUUCCAAUUCAAGAUGGCAAGGUUUUGAAUUUUAUAUACAGCAGCAAUUUUACACAAAUAAAAGGGGGUGUGGUGUUUGGAUCAGCCACGGGACAUUUGUAAAAGCCUUUAUUGGAAGCUCUUAAAUCUCCAAAUUGUAGUCCAGACGAUGUAAUCUUCAGUCCUGAUUUCCAUCAAUCACUCUAUUGCCACCUCUUAUGUGGACUUCUUUUUAGAGAAGAACUUCAUUCAAUUUCUUCAACAUUUGCACAUAGCAUUGUCUAUGCUUUCAGACAAUUUGAACAAGAUUGGGAAGAACUCGUUACUGAUAUCAAACAAGGUGUUCUCAGUAGUAGAAUCACAAUUCCAUCAAUUAGAGCUGCUAUGUCCGAAUUGUUAAAACCAAAUCCCGAACUAGCUGAUUUGAUCCAUAAGAAAUGCACUGGAUUAAAUAAUUGGUAUGGAUUGGUACAAGAACUUUUCCCUAAUGUUAAGUAUAUUCAAGGGAUCAUGACAGGUUCAAUGGAGCCUUAUUUGAAAAAAUUAAGACACUAUGCUGGAGAAAUUCCUUUGUUGACAUCUGACUAUGGUGCUUCCGAAGGUUGGAUUGGUUCAAAUGUGAACCCUAAUGUAGCUCCUGAAUUUGCUACUUAUGCUAUUCUUCCUCAAAUUGCAUACUUUGAAUUUAUUCCAAUUGAACAACUUGAUGGAACUCAAAUGAAGCUUGAACCUGUUGGUUUAACUCAAGUGAAGAUUGGCGAGGAGUAUGAGAUCGUUAUCACCAAUUUUUGCGGUUUAUUUUAUUUUCUUAAAAUUAAUGUUAUUUUGGUAUCUUUAUUUUAAUAUGCGUUCAUUCGCAGAAGUAAUCUUUUGCUUACAAUCAACAUUGACAAGGACACUGAGACUGAUUUACAAUUAUCAGUUGAUGCUGCAUCCAAGUUUUUGUCUAAGGAGAAAAUUGAGAUGAUUGACUACAUUGAUUUAUCCAAAGAACCCGGACACUAUGUAAUCUUCUGGGAAAUCAACGGUGAGGCAAGUGAUGAAAUGCUUAAUGAGUGUUGCAAUUGUUUGGACAAGUCUUUUAUUGAUCCAGGUUAUAUUACUUCUAGAAAAGCUAAAGGUAUUGAUGCUCUUGAACUCAAAAUUGUUGGAAAAGGAACAUUCGAGAAGAUUCUUGAGAAUCACGUUGAAAGAGGUGCAGCUGUGAGUCAGUUCAAAACACCUAGGUGUGUUGGACCUUCGAAUACCAAAGUGUUAGAAAUUUUGUUGAAAAAUGUAGUCAAGAGCUAUGUUAGUACCGCUUACAAUUGA